CAUAUUGCACAUCAACGAUAUGGUGUGAAAAAAAUAUGGGUUUGGCUGGAUUCCAUCCAAAACCACCUGCAUAAAGUUGACUUUCGCGAUGAAAUUCAACAUCGAAAAUUCCCUUCUGUGAGAAAAGUUUCUCGGUAAAUACUUAGGGGAGCUGUGGUAGGAAGUGAUGAAUCGCUAGGGAUGAUCGUGUCUGAAUGCUUCUGGUGAAUAAAUACAGCAGAAACUGGAGUGAAGUUUAUUACGGAAGUAGCUUUGGAAGUUACCGCGCGUGAGAGCACUGCUGCCGCUGCAGUAGAAUAGAACGGGUCUACGUGCGCUACGCCAGUAUAAUCGAACACCGUGCCGACGGUUUGGGUCCGUGUAUCGUGCCUGAUUAGCAGCAUUUUGAUGACUGUUUAGCUUGCCAAAACAACUUGGAAGAUGGCUAGCACUACAGGAGAUGUUGUGAACGGAACGGAAGACGUUGACGGCCGAGUAUCGGCGGAAUAUGACCAUGAAAAUGAAGUGAUGCCGCAUCGUGCAUCUGCUGAGGAGAUGGACGAACAGCGAAUGAAGAACAUCGCUUACCAGUAUCUGUGCCAUCUGGAAGAAACAAAAAAGUGGAUAGAGGCCUGCAUUAACGAGGAACUGCCACCAACCACUGAACUAGAAGAGGGGCUGAGAAAUGGCGUGUACCUGGGAAAACUGGCCAACUUCUAUGCCCCGAAGAAGGUGCCUCUCAAACGCGUCUAUGACAAGGAACAGUCCCGAUACAAAGCUAGCGGUCUACAUUUUCGCCACACAGACAACACAGUGCAGUGGAUCAGAUCAAUGGAAGUUAUCGGACUGCCCUCGAUAUUUUACCCGGAAACCACAGACGUCUACGACAAGAAGAACAUGCCCAAAACUGUCUACUGCCUCCACGCUCUCAGUUUGUACCUGUUCAAGUUGGGCAUCGCACCCCAGAUCGAGAGCUUGUAUGGCAAAGUGGAUUUCACUGAGGAAGAGAUCAGUGCCAUGCAGCAGGAGCUGGAUAAAUACGGAAUCAACAUGCCGGCAUUUGGCAAGAUUGGAGGGAUCUUAGCCAACGAGCUUACUGUGGACGAUGCGGCAAUGCAUGCUGCCGUGAUUGCCAUCAACGAAGCCGUGGAUAAGCAGGUGUCGGCUGACACCAUGAAAGCCCUGCAUAACCCCAACGCUAUGCUGGGGACACUCAUCAAUGAAAACCAGGAUCUGUAUCAGGAGAUCUUGUACAAUGCUAAGCAGAGCAAGAACCAGAGUGCCAUGAAUAAGAGCAUGCGUGAAGGUGAAGAUAUGACAGAGAGAGACAUGUACGACAUGUUGCUGACACAGGCUGAGAUACAGGGCAAUGUCAACGCUGCUAAUGUGCAAAACCAGAUCGUGGUGAUCAACUCAGUGCUGGAUACCGGCGAUCCCAACGCCUUGGUCCGGGCCUUGGAGAGUCCAGCGAUCGGCCUGAAGGAUGUCAAGAACGAGAAUGGACGCUGGUAUCUGAACACUCUAUCCCAGGCACGCAAGAAGAAGGCUGAGAUGGCGGGGGAGGAGGAUGUAUCCUUAGACAAAGACGAACUCCAACUUGGCGUGAAUCUAGCCAACGUUCAAGCCGAGGAACGCAAACAAAUGCUGAAAGCCGUCCGUGACAUCAACGCAGCCAUUGAUGGAGGCAGUGCUAAGGAGACAAUGCAAGCCCUGAGCAGACCAGAAGCCAAGCUGCCAGCGGUCGACGCCCAGUGGGCGGGGCUAUACCAAGAGGAGUUGUCUGGACUCAAAGCUUCUAAUGAAGCGGAUCUGACACAUGACCAACUUUCAGAAGCUCUGCAAGUUCUGGGUGUGGUGGCAAGCAUCAACCAUGCAGUAGAGGCUGGAGACGCAGACAAGACGGUCCAGCUGAUGCUGCAGCCUCAGUCCUGCCUAGAAGACGUGGAUGAAGAUGAAGCAGUCAGACAGAGAUAUCAGGACAAACUAGCCUCCAGGAAACGGUCCAAUGCUGGGACGGGAGCAGACUAUAUCCUACAAGAGCACAUACAAGACUGUGUGGAGAAAGUCAAUGCAGAAAUCCAGGAGGAACACGAACGCAUCAUGGCCGUGGCUAAGAUCAACGAGGCCUUGGAUACCGGUGAUCCUAACGAGACACUCCAAGCCUUGCAGACCCCCGCUGCUAAGCUACGGGAGGUGGACCCGGAGCUGUAUAUACUCUACCUGAUCACAUUACGAGGAGAGAAGGACCACAAAGCUGAGUUGAUGGAGGAUGAUGCGGCCGUACUUUGGCUGGAUGAAAUCCAAGAUGGCGUCGACAAAUCCAACAACAAGAACGUCAUUGCAAACAAACUUGCCGUGAGUGUUGCUAACGUCAACGUGAUGAUCGAAGACAAGAAAUCGUCCCCUCUUUUGGAUGCCUUGCGUAACCCCGACCUGAAUCUACACUCUGUGGUUCCUGAGUGUGAAGAAACCUACAUGGAGAAACUCACCCAAGCUAAGGACGAAAAGACAAAGACUGGGGCUCCGGGUAGCGUGGUCUGUCACAAGCUGAGAGACGGAAGCAGCUUUUAUUUCAACUUCCUGACCAUGGAGUCUAGCUGGAUGGAACCAGAGGACUUCAACGACUCCAAUCUACAGCUCAACAAAGAAGAAAUCCAGAAAGUAGUGACGGGCGUAACAGCUGAGUAUGAUCGGGCUCUUCUGUUCCAAGCCAACGAAGACAAAGUCGUCACGCUUCAGUCUCAUGUCCGAGGGACCAUCGCCAGAAAGGCUUACAAGGAGAGAUUGGACUUCAUCAGGAGACAGCUACCUGCCAUCGUUCUUAUACAGAGUUGGCUGAGAGGAUUCCGUCAGAGACGAGCCUACAGAGAAAGACUGGAGUUCCUCAACAAACAGGAAGAAACUUCAGUCAAGUUGCAAUCUUACGCUCGGAUGCACAAGGAAAAGAAGAAAUACCAAGGAAGGCUGAAUUUCUUCAGAGAUAAUGUGAACUCUGUGAUCAAAAUGCAGACGUUCUGGCGAUCCAACAAAGCAAGGAACGAUUACUUCACUCUCAUCAAAUCUGAGAACCCUCCCGUCAGCGUGGUGUCCAAGUUUGUUCAUCUCCUGGAGAGCAACGAAGUAGAUUUGAACGAGGAACUCGAACUUCAAGAGCUGCGAGAGCGAGUGGUCAAGAAGAUCCGUUCCAACCAGCAACUGGAGAAUGACCUGAACAUGAUGGACAUUAAGAUUGGACUGCUGGUCAAGAACAGGAUCACGUUGCAGGAUGUCGUGUCCCACGGUAAGAAGCUCCGUCGUCAGACCGAGACCAGCCGCACCUCGGGCCUGAAGGCACUGAGCCGAGAGAAACGAGAGAUGCUGGAAGCCUACCAACAUCUCUUCUACCUGCUCCAAACCAACCCCAACUACCUGGCUAAGCUCAUCUUUGCUAUGCCUCAGAGCCGAACCACCAAGUUUAUGGAGUCCGUCAUCCUGACGCUCUACAACUAUGCAGCUAACCAACGGGAGGAGUUCCUCAUGCUCAAACUCUUCAAGACGGCGCUGGAGGAAGAAAUCACGAUGAUCUCCAAGGUAGACAAGAUGAUGGAGAUAGUAACAGGCAGUCCCAUGGUCAUCAAGAUGGUCGUCACAUUCAACAGAGGUGCCAAAGGUCAGAGUUCACUGCGUGACAUCCUACAGCCGCUGGUCAAGGGUGUGAUGGACGACAAGAAGCUGAGCAUCAACACCAGUCCCACGGAGGUCUACAAAGCCUGGAUCAACACGAUGGAAACACAGACUGGAGAAGCCAGCAAACUCCCCUACGACGUUCCGACGGAGCAAGCCUUACAACACAAGGAGGUCAUAGAACGCAUCGAGCAAUCGGUGAAAACUCUGGGUGCAGUGGCGGAACGAUUCCUGUCCUCCAUCUUCGCAGCUCUUGACAAAUUCCCGUAUGGAAUCCGCUACAUUGCCAAAGUCUUGAAGCAGUCACUACACAGUAAAUUCCCCAAUGCUACUGACGAGGAAGUUUUGAAGAUCGUGGGCAAUCUGAUCUACUAUCGCUACAUGAAUCCUGCCAUCGUUGCGCCCGACGCCUUUGACAUCAUCGACAUUGGAGUGGAGAAGGGAAUGAGUAACGAGCAGAGGCGAAACCUGGGCUCCGUCACUAAAGUCCUGCAGGCCGUGGCCUCGGGCAAAGAAUUCAGUGGUGAGAGUGCCCACCUGUCUUCCUUGAAUGCUUUCGUCCACGAGGCCUUCGGACGAUUCAAGGAUUUCCUGCUGAAGGUGUGCGAUGUACCCGAGCCCGAGGAGCGAUUUAAUAUCGAUGAGUACUCGGACUUUGUCAACCCCAGCAAGCCCAUUGUGUACAUGUCAGUCAAAGAGAUUAUCGAUACGCAUGCUUUGUUACUGGAGCACAUUGAGCCGCUAGCGCCAGAACCCAACGAUCCCUUACAUGACCUGUUGGAAGAUUUAGGGGAAGUGCCCUCACCUGAAGACAUCUUGGGCGAGGUACCAGGUGAACAAGGCGACCCUCAGUUUGAAGCACUCCUUGCCAGCAUGGCCAAGACGGAGAUGUCACUGACGUUGACCAACAAGUUUGAGCUUCAAGAAGAUGAUGAUAGUGACAAGAAAAGACUCUUCAUCAAGACCAAGAGAUUGCUUGUCGACGUGAUUCGAUGUCAGUCCGGUGAUGACGUCACCCAGAUCCUGAAAGCACCAGCUACAGAUGAACAGGAGGAGCAACAUUCUGCCUUGCUUCAGCAGAGAAUCAAACAAGAUGCGAAGGCGGAAAGCAGCCAGAAACUGACCAGAUAUACAUCUGCCAUGGAUGACAGCAAGUUACCGUUAAGUUCCAAGAAAGAGAAGAUCCUGCGUAACCUGGACAUUCUUGAGAAGGCUGGCAUGGUGGACAGUGAGAAUCAUUACCAGAUCAUGGUCAACGCCAUAGCACAGGAUAUUCGUAACCAGCGACGUUACCGACAGCGUAGGAAGCAAGAUAUUCUCAAGAUGAAGGGCACAAUGAAUGCCUUAGAGACUAAGGCCACGUUCUACGAGGAACAGACCGACUAUUACAAUCAGUACAUCAGAACAUGUCUGGACAACUUACAGGCAAAGAGGUCUUCCAAGGCAGAGACCAAGAAGAAAUCUUCAGGAGUGACAUACAACGCAGCCAGACUCCACGAGAAAGGCGUCAUUCUGGAGAUUGAAGGACUCGAAGAGUCACAGUUCAAGAAUGUGAUGUUUGAGAUCAGACCGCUAUCCCUGCCCGGUGGGUUUGACAUCUCCGCCAAGUUUCUGGGGGUCAAGAUGGACACGGUGCAAGUCAUAUUCCAGGAUCUCCUUCAGCUGCAGUACGAGGGCGCCGCAGUCAUGAACAUGUUCGGCAGAGCCAAGAUUAACGUCAACCUUCUCAUUUUCCUACUGAACAAAAAGUUUUACGGCAAGUAGGGCAAAUGUGUGGAUACUUGGUAGUCUUCUUUUUAAAUAUCAAGAGUUUCCUGCUGAUUUUCAUCGUGUUUGGAAAUUAAGAUCAUAUUAGACUUUUUAUUAAAAUUGUAAGUAGUGAUUGAUUACUUUUGUGUUUUUUGGACCGACUUGAAUAUUUGGAUCAAAUUGAAACAUAUUCAACUGGAUUUGUUGUUUAGUUUAAACAACUUUUGAAAAUGAAGAAUUUUUCUACCAGUGAGGACUGCUUUGUCAAUUCUGAUUUUCUUAUAUGAACUUUUCCUGCCUUGGAACGUAUCUGUAUAUAUUUCUAUGAUUGUCAUUUUUCACUCCUAAAUUAAUUCAUUCCUAUAUUUCCAAUUUUUUGCCUUAAGAUGCCGCAUGCAAAACUAUGAGAGCAUAGUUGAAAGUUCAUAGUCAUAAUGAAACGCCAUCAGACUAAUAUUUUGCACUGCAACUUUACUAACUUAAAAAAAAGUUAACAGAAAAACUUACUGCAGGGUUAGAGGUAAAACUGUAACUGUUUUAAAAACAAAAACGUAGCUUCGUCUUUGAUUGCAUUUUCGUCAUUUUGCAAAUUUGCGUAAGUUGUUCCACAUACGUGUACCAUUUUUGGUUGAACUAUAUAACCGUAAUUACUGCUACCCCUUAACAGAUAAAAACAUUAUGAAAUACCAUGACAGUGAAAAGAUGCUUUUACAUAAGUAGACGUUUGUGCAACAAUUUUGUUGAUUGUAUAUAGAAUACGGUAGACUAUCUAGGAUAACACUGGUCUAUGUUUUGAUUGGUAUUGUUGUGUCGUGUUGCAUGGUUGGCGAAGUCAGAGGUGACUUUGUAGAAUUUACAAGUAGUUCAUGUUAGCCAGUUUCCCACUGUGUACAUUUUUGAAAUCAUGACAUGAACUACACUAAACUUUCAGUUAUUGGUGUUUUGGCACCCGAUGCCUUGGUCAUAAAAAGGUUGUAAAAAAAAGCCUUGUACACUUGAAUACUAAAUUUACCAAAAAAAUAAUCUAGAAAUCAACAUUUCAACAUUACCAGCAAGCAAUAAUUUAUUGAUAGACAUAUUUCAAAAACUCUGAACAUUUCUGCCCACUUUAAAAAAAACCCAAAUAGAAUUGUGCCUUAUUAAAAAAUUUCUAACCAAUACUAUUCGUUCCAAUCUAUCCCUAUGCCAAUAAAUAGAAUUUUACGUAAUCAUAUUCGUCAUUCACUCCAGUUUCUACUGUGCCUUACAUCUUUUAUGUGUUACCGUAUCUAUUUAUACAGGCUAAUAAUAUACCCAAUUUAUUUGAUAGUAUUGUGACUUCAUUAUAAAAAGUUUUUUUAAAGAAUGGCGCUUUUUUUGGUAAAUGGAUAGCCCGGCUUUAAAAAAAAAUGCAUGGUGUUAGUUUUAUAAGAGGUGUAAGCUACGCGUCCUGUAAAAAGCAAAAGAUAGUUGCUAGGUUAUUUGUGUGUGCCAUGUGAAUAUAUAGUUCAUCAGCUUUGGUUUUAAAUCGAAAGCUAAUUAUGUUGGUACUUUAUUAAUUAGUGUUAAUUGGGGUCUAAACUCAAACAUGAAAAACUUGAGCUUGGGUUGAGAAAAUUGUUGCAAGUAGAUUGUGUACAACCUGUUCUGUGAUUUUCCCCCGUAUUUUGCAUUACUUGGUACAUAAAGGAGUUGGGUUUAUAGUUUCAAGUUUACAAUUGGAAUAAAAGGGGGCAAAUCAUUAAUGAAAUUGUUUUUGUGUGAGUGCUGGCACAGGCUGGGGUUGGACAAGUAUAAGGCAAAAUGGGCAUAGCUCCGUUUUAUCAUGUUUGUCGCCACACAAUAAGAUUUAGUAAAUAAAGUAUCAUUUGAGUACGGCAUUAUGUUUUGAAGCAGUACAGGCUAAACAUUGUAACAUUUCUUGCAAACAGUAGAACAUCGUUUUUGAGAAACUAAUUAUUUCGGAGAGAAAUUAAAAUGUUGAAAAUUCAGAGCAUUUGUUUGCAUGUACAUGUACACAAUAUUAAUAAUCAGCACUGGCCUUCACCUAGAUGAGUUUAUUAUAUUCAUUCACCUAUACAUCUAUUUAAGCAAAAUAUACAAACAGUUUGUAGUAUUUUACUCUUUUGAAGCGCAAAUGUUUUGCUUUUAUAGUUUAAGGUAUGGUGCUAAUUAGGGAUAUCCGACAAUAUGAAGAAAAAAAAGUGCAAAAUAAAAUUUUGCAAAACUGGAAAAUUCUUAA